UCCAUGCUUAAGCAGUGCCGACCUUAAAGAGAGGACGUCCAUUUCUUCCCGGAGAGGCGAAAUGGCGGAAGCGAUGCCGUCGAGGAGGCUGCUAAGGAAGGUCUGGCGCGUCGCCGCGGUGUUCUUCCGGGGAGAUCGCAAGCGCAAGGCCUACUGGCUGCUAUCGAUCGUGCUCCUCCUCUGCGCGAUCUGUGCAGGGGUGAUGGUGUCGAUUUCCUACAUCCAGCGGGAUCUUUCCACGGCGGUGUCAAACAAAGACGUCGCUGGAUUCCACAAGGCGCUCUGGAAAUUCAUCGGUGUUGUUGUGGUGGCCACUCCUCUUCUAGCGUUCUACAAGUAUAGCCAGGAGCUUCUAGCGGUCGAGUGGCGGGUCUGGCUUUCAAAUUUGCUGCUGACAAGCUAUUUCACGAAUAGAGCCUACUUUGACCUCAAGAUGGAAGGCAAAGUCGACAAUCCGGAUCAACGAAUUUGCGAAGAUGUAUCCAACUUUGUUCUCAAUGCGGUCGAUAUCCUCGCAAUUAUUGCCAGCAAGUGUUUGAAUGUCUGCGCGUUUACUGGAGUUUUAUGGUUUAUUGCUCCAGAACUCGUGUAUUUCUUGCUUGCGUAUUCCAUCGUUGGAACAUAUGUCACUGUUCGAUUUUUUGGAGCGAAGAUCAUGCAUCUAAAGUAUCAGAACUUACAAAAAGAAGCUGAUUUUCGUUACUCAAUGGUUCGUGUACGAGAAAACGCUGAAAGUAUCGCUUUUUACAGGGGUGAGGGUCACGAAGUAGCUUCCGUGAAGGCAUUUCUAGCUUCUCUUGUUGGAAACAUGCGAGAACUUAUAGUAUGGGACAGACACCUAUCGUUGUUCAGUAAUGCUUAUGAGUUCUCGAUUUUUAUUGUUCCUUACCUGAUCAUUGCUCCAAAGUUUUUCUCCGGCCAGGUGGAAUUUGGAGUUAUAUCUCAAACUGCCAUGGCCUUCCACAAGAUCUUAACGUCCAUGUCCUUUAUUAUUUUGAAGUUCGAUCGCUUCAGUGGGCUCGCAGCACAAACAGAACGGUUGGACACCUUAUUCAUUGCACUGGGUAUCCAUGACCAGCUGUUUGGAAGCUACAGAAGACAAUCGAGCAAGCGCGCCAUACAGCUGCACGUCGAAGACGAUACUGAUGGUCAUCCUUUGCUGAACUUGACGGACAGCCAAGCUCCAAUUUCUGGUUCCAUAACUCGUGAAGAAGGGGAAGGCCUUGUUGUUCGCGGUCUUUCAGUGACGACUCCAAAUCUUCGCACCCAACUUAUCCACAAUCUAUCAUUCGAGCUACUUCCUGGGGAGUCAUUACUGGUUUUGGGGCCUUCAGGCUGUGGAAAAUCCUCGUUCCUCCGAGUGAUAGCAGGCCUAUGGAGCAAAGGCGCCGGUAUCAUCCAGGUGCCUCUACAGAAGACAAUAUUUCUGCCACAGAAGCCUUACAUGCCUCUGGGAACUCUCCGACAACAGCUAUUAUUUCCGGCACUGUCAUCAGAGUACUUUUCGGAUGCAGAACUUUUCAAGGUGCUUGAGGAAGUGAGCCUGGAAGAUCUAAUACAAAGAGUCGGAGGCCUGGACUCAGUGUGUGACUGGUCAGACGUGCUCAGCUCUGGAGAGCAGCAAAGAGUGGCAUUUGCACGGCUGCUUCUACACGAGCCUCAGAUGGCAUUUCUCGACGAGGCAACGAGCGCACUUGACAUGACGAAUGAAUCGAAGCUUUACGCACUGCUCCAACGCAAGAUCAAAUCGUAUGUUUCGGUGGGGCACAGGAUUUCAUUAAUUAAGUAUCACUCCAGAGUUUUGGAGUUCAAAGGCAGCUCCGGCUGGAAGUUAUACACUCAAAAAGAAUUCCAAGUACACAUAUAGGGAAAACAAUCAACACGAACAGUCUCUAAGAACAUAUGCUCAUCAAGUCAAGGAACGCAAGUGUUCGGGGGAGUCAUCUGCAGCUGCGAGCUAUACUUGAAAAUCGUAUCCUUGAUUUUCGACACAGAUGCAAGAUCCUGGUUCAGAGCUGCUGCUAAUGCUCGCG